GUAGAUUUCUACAUAAAGGUUGUUUACAAUACUUGAAGUGUGUUAUCACAAAUAUGGUUCGUGCUUGGUAUAUGGACAAUGACAAUGCUAGUGAUAAGAGUUUACCUCAUCAAAAGAUACCAGGGGAAUAUAUUAAUGUAAAUGAUUUAAAUAGUUCACUUGGUGUUAAAUAUUAUAAACUUAAUAUUGCUACCAUAGAUACAGACGGUGUGUUAGACCAGAUAAAGGAACAAAAUGGUUGUCACUACGAAGACGAAAUAACUACGGAAAAAUGUUUACAGAACAAUGGAGAAAUGUCCAAAAUUUUUUAUACUGAACACCUUCAUAAAGAUGACGAAAUUCGCUUAUGUGUUGACGGAUCUGCUUAUUUUGAUGUACGAGAUGCGAAUGAUGAGUGGGUUAGAAUUGAAAUUGUACCAGGAGAUUUGCUGAUAUUACCAAGUGGAAUCUAUCACAGAUUUACUUUGGAUAGUCAAAAUCAUAUAAGAUUGGGGAGAUUUUUUAUUUCUGAAGCCAAUUGGACUUCCUUUAACAGACCUAGUGAUAGUAUGGAUUGCCGUAAGAAGUAUGUUCAGAAAUUACAAAAUUAACGUUUCACAAAUAAAGAUAUAUAACUCGACUUACAUACAUAUUAUAUAACAUAUUAAAAUUUAUAAUUGUAUAUAUAAUUGUACAAGAUUAUAAAAUAAAUUUUUAUUUCACACUUUUUA